AUCCCCACCCCCACCCCAAAUAUUCAUGUCGGCCUCUUCGAUAUAAUAGCUAAGAAAUUUUUAGUAUUUUAUGUGUUGAUACAAGUGUAUUUGUAAAUAUAUUAUUAUCGUUAUAUUAGUGAUUUUGAAAAUAUAGAGAUCUGAAAAUGGAGUGGUCGCCACAAGAAGAUGGUUUACGAGAAAUUUUGACUUUAUUGAAGGAAUCCCAAUCGCCGGACACAGCAACUCAACGGGCUGUUCAGCAAAAAUUGGAGGAAUUGAAUAAGUUUCCAGACUUCAACAACUAUCUGAUGUUUGUUUUAACUAAAUUGACUUCUGAAGAUGAACCAACUAGAUCCUUGAGUGGAUUAAUUUUAAAAAAUAAUGUCAAAACUCACUAUAACAGUUUGAUGCAAAAUGUGACAGAUUUCAUCAAAAGUGAGUGCCUUCAAGCAGUGGGAGAUCCCUCUCCGUUAAUCAGGGCCACUGUUGGAAUACUGAUAACAACUAUAGCUUGUAAAGGGGAUUUAUCUUCAUGGCCCCAACUUCUACCAACUCUUUGCAAUAUGCUUGAUUCUCAAGAUUAUAAUGUUUGUGAAGGCGCUUUUGGUGCUCUGCAAAAAAUCUGUGAGGAUUCUUCUGAAGCCCUUGAUUCUGACACAGUUAAUAGGCCUUUGGAUAUUUUGAUUCCCAAGUUUCUCCAAUUCUUCAGUCAUUCAAGUUCUAAAAUUCGAUCUUAUGCUAUUGGAUGCGUAAACCAAUUCAUAGUACAGAGAUCUCAAGCACUUAUGUAUCACAUUGAUCCAUUUUUGACGAAUUUAUUUAAUGUGGCUGCCGAUGAAGAGCCAGAAGUACGAAAAAAUGUUUGUCGUGCCUUAGUAAUGCUUCUUGAAGUUAGAAUGGAUAGGUUACUACCCCAAAUAGAAAGUAUUAUUGAAUAUAUGUUGGUGCGGACUCAAGAUUCCAAUGAGGGAGUUGCUCUAGAAGCCUGCGAAUUCUGGCUGUCCCUUGCAGAGCAACCAAUAUGUCGUAAUGUCUUAACAAAUCAUCUAAACCGGUUAAUACCUGUACUUGUUAGGGGAAUGAAGUAUUCUGAUAUUGAUAUAAUAUUAUUGAAGGGCGAUGUGGAGGAAGACGAAUCAGUUCCUGAUAAAGAAGAGGACAUACGACCGCGUUUCCAUAAAUCUAAAACACAUACUGUCAAAAUGGGUAGUGUGCCUGAAAAUGGUACAAAUGAUGAAGAUGAUGAUGACGAUUUUGACGAUGGUGAUGAUGACGGAUCAUUGUCUGAUUGGAAUCUUCGCAAAUGUAGUGCAGCUGCACUGGAUGUUUUGGCGAAUGUGUUUCGAGAUGAUCUUUUACCUAUUCUGAUACCAAUUCUGAAGGAGACAUUGUUCCAUCAAGAAUGGCAGAUCAAAGAAUCGGGUAUACUCGCUCUAGGUGCUAUAGCAGAGGGCUGCAUGACAGGCAUGGUAGGACUUCUUCCUGAACUUAUUCCUUAUCUUAUCAAUUGCCUCAGUGAUAAGAAAGCCCUUGUCCGUGCUAUUACAUGCUGGACUUUGAGCAGAUAUUCUCAUUGGGUGGUAUCUCAACCGCAUGAUGCUUACCUGAAACCUCUUAUGACUGAGUUGCUGAAGAGAAUUUUGGAUAGUAAUAAAAGAGUGCAAGAAGCUGCAUGCUCAGCAUUUGCCACUUUGGAAGAAGAAGCUUGUACUGAGUUGGUGCCAUACUUAGGAUUCAUAUUGGAAACGUUGGUUUUUGCCUUCAGUAAAUACCAACAUAAAAAUUUACUCAUAUUGUAUGAUGCUAUAGGAACACUUGCUGAUUCUGUAGGUCCACAUUUAAACAAACCUGAUUAUAUUAACUUAUUGAUGCCACCUUUAAUACAUAAGUGGAAUGUUCUGAAAGAUGAAGACAAAGAUCUCUUUCCCCUCUUAGAGUGCUUGUCAAGUGUGGCUACUGCUCUUCAGUCAGGAUUCUUACCUUAUUGCGAACCUGUCUACUGUCGUUGCGUGUCCUUAGUUCACCAUACCCUCCUUCUUCAUGUGGCUAACCAACAAAAUCCAGAGCAAUAUGAUGCUCCUGACAAGGAUUUUAUGAUAGUAGCUUUAGACCUGUUAUCUGGCUUAGCAGAAGGGUUGAACGGACAUAUAGAAAAAUUGGUGGGUAGCAGUAAUAUCAUGGAUUUACUGCAUUUAUGUAUGCAAGAUCCAAUGCCUGAAGUGCGGCAGUCCUCUUUUGCAUUACUUGGGGACUUGACCAAAGCAUGUUUCCAACAUGUCAGGCCUAAAAUUUCAGAUUUCCUUCCUAUCUUAGGACAGAAUCUGAAUCCAGACUACAUAUCUGUUUGCAAUAAUGCAACAUGGGCUAUCGGUGAAAUCAGCAUAAAACUAGGUCCCGACACUAGACCAUACAUACCUCUAGUUUUAAAUCAACUAAUUGAUAUAAUCAAUAAACCAAAUACACCAAAAACUCUUCUAGAAAACACAGCCAUAACAAUUGGUCGACUAGGUUAUGUCUGCCCCCACGAUGUCGCGCCCAUGUUACAACAGUUUGUAAGGCAGUGGUGCACUUCCCUAAGAAAUAUAAAAGAUAAUGAUGAGAAAGACAGUGCAUUCAGAGGUAUGUGUCAGAUGAUACAAGUUAAUCCUGGUGGUGUAGUGCAGCAGUUUAUCUUCUUUUGUGAUGCGGUUGCAUCGUGGAUAUCACCUAAGGAAGAUCUGAAGGAAGUGUUUAUGAAGAUUUUGCACAGUUUCAAGGCACAAGUAGGUGAAGAAAAUUGGAAGAGAUUCAGUGAUCAAUUUCCUCCAGCCUUAACAGAACGACUAACAGCUCUGUAUGGGGUUUGAAUUAGUCCUACGGAUCUUGGGGUAAUUCAACGGCCAUUGUUCUCGCGUCCAGGGUGGGUAAACCGUAGACGCUUAAAAAAAAAAGCGUACAGGGAAGGGUGGGUUCAACAGAUCAAUUCAAACAAAGGACCUAUACUCACUGAUAUGUUAUUCUAAAAAAAAUUACUAAUAAAUUUUUGACAACUUUAGCAUUGCAAUUUAUUUUCAAAGUUUUUUAUUGAAUUUUUAGAAAAAAGACUGAGUAUAGGUUUAAUUGAAGUUAAUAUUUUUGUCAAGCUAUAUUAUCCACACAUUUAAAGUGUUCAAUGCACAAAAUAAAUCUUUUGAUAAUAUUCUUCGAAAUUAAAUAAAGUCUAAUGAAAUUAUGUUAUUUCAAUUAGGAUAUAUAAUCGAUUUUAUUGGAAUGUUUCAAUUGAUAUUCAUAUUGUCAGGAGAUUCAUUUUGUUGUAGUGAACAUUUUUUUUUUUUAACAAUGUGAGUUUUUUGUUGCUAUGUAAUAUUCUGAUCUAGAUAAUUCAUUGAACAUUGGAAGGAACUUGUUUUUUAGUGAAAUUUCAGAUUGAGAAUACUACAAAGUUCCAUGUUUAAUUUUAUAUUUUAAGUGCAUGUAAUAUGGUUGGCUCUAGUUGAAAAAGUGAGUAUUUGGGCUUGGUAAUUUUUUUCCUCCUUUCGAAAGCCUAAGAGAUUAAACUGUGUGUUUCAAUAUUUUAUAAUUGCUAAUCAGUUUGGAAAUCAUAGCUCUGUUGAUAAUUUUCUAGUCAUAAUUUUUAGUUUAAUUCGGAUUUUUAUUAUUGAUUUCAUUUAAUGGUUUCUGAUUUCGAACAUGUUUGUAUUUUUAAAAUAAUUCUUUAUGAAAUGAAAAAUGUCUUGAUCUGUUUAUGCAUAUAUACAUAUAACACCUCUUUUAUGCAUUUAUGUUGGAUCAUGUUGAAAUUUCAUCAUUUAUAGGCAAAUUGAAUUUUUUUGGUGCAUAUUAGAAAUUGUAUAUGUCAAUAUUUGGUAACUAAUUUUCAAGUUCCUUCUCUUAGGCUGACAAAUAACCUUUCCUUAACGAGGACUUCUGAUAUUUCCUAGUCCCAAAAGUGAGAAUGAUUAAACAUUUAAUUGCAACAUGUGAUAAUAAUUUAGUGAUCAUAUAGAUUAAAAGUUAGUUUGUGAUACUUUUUAUCAUAUUUGUAGAAUAAAAGCAAGUAUUCCAAUAUUUUUGCCAAGGAGAUUAGUAAAUUCAUACUUGCUAUAAAAAAAAAGUAUCAUGGGACAAAAAUACUUAACAUUUGUUAUUUACUUUUAAUUCAUCCACUUAUAAGUUGCAAUAUUUUGAGAUAUUAGAAUUGUUGAUUUUAUGAGGAGAGUGAAUGGGUUAUCCUCAUUGAAGCAGAAGUCUUCUGUCCUCAACACUCCAAAUCCAUUCCUUUUGCGUAUUUACGCUUUCCUUAUAGGCCGCAAAGGCCAUUUGUACCUCAAAUUCCAGAAGUGGUUCUUGUUUUCAUCAAGAAUAUAUUGUGAAUAGUUAAGAUUUUUCACUUGUAUCAAGUUUAGUUUAAUCCUCUAUAACAAACCCAAAAACUUUCCAAAUGUUCUUCAGUUAUUUGUUUCUGGAUUAUGAAUUAAUCUUGUUUCGCACAUGCAUUUUUUUUAUUGGAAUUUUUAUUCUUAUUCAUUGACGCUCUAAUUAAUUUAAUAGACUAUAUCAACUUGAUUCAAAUUUAGAUAGCUAGUUUUAUCAAUUGGCAAUUAUAUUUUGCAGUAUAUCGACAACAAAAAAUUUUAUCUGGGGUAUUAAAUCAUUUUUCCGUAUAAGUAGUAGUUCCUACAUUAUGUACAAAAAUGUCUCGAUAUGGAAUAGUGAUAAAAUCCUAUUCAUAAAUUAAUUUUAUCCUUUUUUUUUAUCAUAUUCGAAACUGUUGUAACUUUUUCUUUCAUUUUCACAUUAAAGCUGCAUAUUUUUCCAUUGUA